AUGAAACGUAACAGCUUUGUUCUCCGAUGCCUCACAACAACUUGUCAACGUCCUCCUGGAAAUUACAUUGAGGCAAUUGCAAAAUUUAUUGUUCAUAUUGAAAAGAGGCGAAAGGAGGUUUCUUUUUCUGAACUAAUGGCAAUGGACGAAACAGCAGUAUGGUUUGAUGAUCCUGGUGGGCGUUGUGUCGAUACGAGAGGUGUUAAAGAUGUGAGUUUUUUUUCGUUUUUUAGCUAUUUUUAUCUUUAG